UUAGCAAGAUAUAUAAGAAGGCAGAAUUGUAUUACUGUAGUUCAUAUGUGUUAAAGACCAGUUAUAAUGAGAGUGUUAGUGCAGCGUUUUGGUGGCCGCUCCCGAAUGUUGGUCCAGGCUUUACUCACAGGAGGAGUAAACAACGCGCAGAAAGUCUUCCUCAAACAGCGAGCCGUGGACUCUCUCUCCCCCUUACCUGCUUUUCUGGAGACCUUGUGUCAGGAUGAAGCGUGCUUGGAUGAAGACACUAAUGCACUCACUACUAAGCCAUUGGUCUGCCUUUUUUCUGCUGCGUUUAAGCGUGACCUGCUGUGCUUUCUGCAUCUUCUCCACCCCGGGUUACCACGAGAGAGUGUACUGGCUCUGCUCCGCUGCCUGUCACAGGACGCUGAUGAAAAUCCAUGGGUUUGUGCCUUAAUCAGACAGCUUCAUAAAGACAUUGGGAUUGAGGAGUUUAGAAGAGACACACUCCUCACACCAGAAUGUGUACUGAGCCUGAAAGACCUCUGUGAUCGGUUCAAAGAUUCUCAGGAAAAAGGAGGUUGGGAUCUCUGUCUGAAUGAACAUAAGACUGAUGAACUAUCUACAGAUUAUGAGACAGAUACAGGUCACAAGAAAAGGAAGAGUGAGAUCACAGAUCUUAAUAUGGAUGCAGAUGUGAAUGAACCACAGAGCAAAAGGAGAAAGACUGACCUUGCAGCCCAAGGUGACCCUGAAGAUGGACAGAUGGCCUUGGGUCAGGAGGAAUCGGAUGUAAAAACAAUACAGCUUGAUAAGGAGCUGGAAGAUUAUUCUUCAGCAACACCGCUAGUGCCAGAGGAAGAUUGCUCAAGUGUCUUACCAGAUCAUAUAAAGGCAGCUCUUCCUUUGAUAAAAGAAUUAUUGGACUCUGGAACAGAGUGGGAUGAGAGCUGUGCGCCUACACUUAAAGUGUUGAAUGAAUGUGAUGCAAAUCAGCUGGAGGUGUUUUGUGCAAUGCUGUGUUUGCCUGAAGCACCUGAGCAGAGUUUACCACAUUUCUGUAGCAGCGUGCUGGCUCUAUCUCCAGAUCUCAGCCACAGCACAGCCUCAGUUAUCAUCAAGAACCUUUUACUCGGCAAGAUUUGUUCCCUCACUGAGCCACCCUCCCGCUGUCUAGUCACUGCUGUAACAUCUCUGUGCAGUCGUUAUCCGAGGCCAACCUGUCAGGCUCUUAUAGAACCGCUCAUAAAGAAAGGACAAAUAGGUAGUGCUCAGGCUGAGCUGAUCUGUCGGCUGGUAAAAGACUGUCUUGAACCCCAUCACAGGCUUCUUGUAUUUCAGAUGGCACUUGUGGGUUCCUGGAACGAGGGUAUUUUGUCAGUCAUCCAUGACUUGCUGGAUUCAAAGAUUGAGCUGAGUGAAGAGAUUUUUUCGCUAUUCACUUAUCAUCUGAGCAGUCAGGCUCCACACUUCGCCAAGUCUAUGAAGUUCGCCAAGAUGACGCUCACUGUCCUGACGAAGUUCCAGUCUCAUGUGAAUGCUGCCUGUCAACACACACUGUCCUGCUGUAUUUCAUUUAAUGAGACAUUCCUGAAGAAGUCCCUCCAAGCUGCUUUAAAGUGCAUUUGUCAUUAAUGUAUAUUAUAUAGUUUUGUUAAAAAUUAAGAAAAGGGAUUUUAUAGGGAUCUAUUUGUAAUUGUAAUAAUAAGUGUAACUAUAUAAACAUGUUGCCUUACUUCAUAAUGGCACUGAGGUGUGCAUGUUUAUCUAUUUCUGUUUUGUACAUUAUAAGAUUGUCUCUGUAAAAUAACUAUAUUUUUAUUAAAUGAACAUUCAAAAUUAUUAAAACAUUUUUUAAAAAUACUUGCACUGUA